GUUCAUAUCCAUCCUUCACUACAGGAAGCAUCAGAAUGAUACCGCAAACUCCAAUAGUCUUAGACACCAAUGACUAUUCACAAACAUUGGGGAAAUCACAGCAGAUAUUUAAAGAAGAUGGUGAAUUGGCAGGCACUGGGCAGCAAUCAUUAUGUACAGAGAGUAAUUUAGUCAUCAAACAAGAGGACAACAUUUAUGACUUAUCUAGUGAAAUUAUUAUCCCAGAGGAUAAACCACACAUAUGUACUGAGUUUUCAAAACAUAUUAAAGAAGGGAAAAGUCUGCAUUCUAGCCAAAUAAUUCAUACAAAGGAGCAACCUUUCAAAUCUACAGAAUGUGAGAAAAGCGUUAGAUGGAAGUUUCAUCCACUAGAACACUACAAAAUUCACACAGGUGAGAAACCACACACAUGCCCUGUGUGCGGCAAAUGUUUUACACGAAUGAAUAAUCUGAAAAGUCAUGAAAAGAUUCACACAGGGGAAAAGCCGUACACAUGUACAGAGUGUGGGAAAAGUUUUACACGAAUGGAUAAUCUGAAAUGUCAUGAAAGGAUUCACACAGGAGAAAAGCCUUUCACAUGUACAGAGUGUGGAAAAAGUUUUACACAAAAGAAUGAUCUGAAAAAGCAUGAAAGGAUUCACACAGGGGAAAAGCCUUUCACAUGUACAGAGUGUGGGAAAAGUUUUACACAUAUGAAUAAUCUGAAAACUCAUGAAAGGAUUCACACAAGAGAAAAGCUAUUCACAUGUACAGAGUGUGGAAAAAGUUUUACACAAAUUAGUAAUCUGAAAUAUCAUGAAAGGAGUCACACAGGAGAAAAGCCUUUCACAUGUACAGAGUGUGGGAAAAGUUUUACACAUAUGAAUAAUCUGAAAACUCAUGAAAGGAUUCACACAAGAGAAAAGCUAUUCACAUGUACAGAGUGUGGAAAAAGUUUUACACAAAUUAGUAAUCUGAAAUAUCAUGAAAGGAGUCACACAGGAGAAAAGCCUUUCACAUGUACAGAGUGUGGAAAAAGUUUUACACAAAAGAGUGAUCUGAAAAAGCAUGAAAGGAGUCACACAGGAGAAAUGCCUUUCACAUGUACAGAGUGUGGAAAAAGUUUUACACGAAUGGAUCAUCUUAAAACUCAUGAAAAGAUUCACACCGGAGAAAAGCCUUUCACAUGUACAGAGUGUGGAAAAAGUUUUACAGAAAAGAGUGAACUGAAAAGGCAUGAAAGGAUUCACACCGGAGAAAAGCCUUUCACAUGUACAGAGUGUGGAAAAAGUUUUACACAAAAGAGUAUUCUGAAAAGUCAUGAAAGGAUUCACACAGGGGAAAAGCCUUUCACAUGUACAGAGUGUGGAAAAAGUUUUACAGAAAAUAGUAGUCUGAAAAAGCAUGAAAUGAUUCACACAGGAGAAAAGCCUUUCACAUGUACAGAGUGUGGAAAACGUUUUACACAUACAAGUAAUCUUAAAACUCAUGAAAGGAGUCACAAGGGAAGAAACCUUUCACAUGUUUAGAAAGUGGAAAAAAGGUUUUUAUUGAAAUCGGAUAUCACAAAACACCAAAUAUUUACACAUAAAUAAACUUUAUAUACACAGUGUUCAACCUUUUUACAAUUAUCCUAAAGAGGACACACUCUCUAAAUAGAAGCAUCAAAAAGGAUCCUAUUGUAAAUAAUACUUUCUAAAUCCCAGUUAAAAAAGCCCCAGAUUUUAAGUGCUCCGGUGCACCUCAAUUUCUCUCAUAUAAAUGUGAUAGAAUCCAAACACCACACAGGAACAUACAAAUCUGUCCUCAUCCAGUUUACACAACCAUUCACAACCAAAGCACCCCCAGUGUUGUUUAUUAAUAUGUCAGUGUUAGGCAUUGUACAUUUGAUUUACAUAGGGGAGGAAAUAAUUACAUUUACGUCUUUAUAUGAAUAGAGUGUUAGAGAAUUAUAUAAACAAGAACAUCAGUCUCAAAUGAUUGACAUCUGGGAGAUAUAUUUAAUGUGCACAUCAUGUGGAUAAACCUUUUCUUAUAGCAAUAGAUGCUUAGCAUUGUACAUGUUAUAUACCAGAGGAAUUACUGAGGGGAAACUGAUUUUAUUUAAUGAGACACAAUAUCAGUAACGAGUACAUACGUGAUCAUAAUCAGUUUCAUUUAAAUGGCUACUAUAACCUACAUGUAUACUGGGUAUGUAAUAUGUGUGUCAUGUGAUCAUAAUCAGUUUAAUUUAAAUGGCUACUAUAACCUACAUGUAUACUGGGUAUGUAAUAUGUAUGUCAUGUUCUGUAACUUGAUAUUAUGUCUGUUAGCUGUUGUCAUGUUAGUUAGAAGCCACAAGAACUGAUAAUAGCACAUACUGUAUAUAUAAAGGGAACAUUAUAUGUCUGAUAAAUCCCUUUGUAUCAAGAGCACAAGUGUUAGGUAUAUUUAUACCAUUGUGUGCAUAUAUCAUGUAAUGCUGCU